AUGUCGACAUAUACUCAGUUGGAGGCCAUCUCCAAGUUCAUUUUGUCCAAGCCCAUGCUCAAGAGCGUGUUUGUUCCGGCUUCGCGUGUCUUUGUGAACCUCGGCGGCUACCGCAAGAUGGGCCUCAAGACCCAGGACCUGUUCUGGGAGGAGAACGAGGUCAUGCAGACCGCCCUCCGUCGUCUGCCCGCCGAGGACUCUUACAAGCGUGUUUACCGCAUUGCAACCGCUUUCCAGGCCUCGCUCACCCAGCAGCUUUUGCCCAAGGACCAGUGGAUCAAGCCUGAGGAGGACACUGACUACCUCAUCCCCUACUUGCUCGAGGCCGAGGCCCAGAUUAAGGAGCGCGAGGAGCUCGACAACAUUGUCGUCAAGCCUCGUUCUCUGUAA